UAACCUAUCUAAUCCAUGGCCCCCUCUGGAAAGGACUUUAAUCUCUGGGGCUGUCAGCUCUCCAAAUGGGACAAGAGCUCAGUAGGCAGGUUGAGAAGGAAAGGAAAGUGAACAGGCAACAGCUAGCUGUCAGCUGCACCAUUCCAGUCACACCAUGGAGCCAAAGGGAGCCCGACGGAGGAGAGAAGGGCUGGGAGAGGAGCAGGAGAAGGGAGCCUCUGGAGAAGGAAACACUAAGAAGCUCAGAGCCCUAGACUUGGUGCAAUGGACCCGACAUAUGGAGGCUGUGAAGACCCAGUUUCUGGAGCAAGCUCAGGGACAGCUGGCAAAGCUGCUGGAUCAGGCCAUAUCAGAGGCUGUUCAAGCCUACUCCCAACAACACAGACCUCUGCCCUCCAUCGACCCAGAUUCUGUGAGCAAGACCCAGAAGUCAUCCUUUGGGAAACGGAAAGUUUUUGUCACCCGAAGGUCAUUGUUGGACGAGCUGAUGGAAGUGCAGCAUUUCCGCACCAUCCACCACAUGUUCAUUGCUGGCCUGUGUGUCUUGAUCAUCAGCACCCUAGCCAUUGACUUCAUUGAUAAGGGCAGGCUCAUGCUGGAGUUUGACUUACUGAUCUACAGCUUCGGACAGCUGCCCAUGGCGCUGAUGACCUGGGUCCCCAUGUUCCUGUCCACACUGCUGGCACCCUACCAGGCCCUGCGGCUCUGGGGCAGGCCCCGCACCGGGGGCACCUGGACUCUGGGGGCUGGCCUGGGUUUUGUGCUUCUGGCCACUCACGCCACGGUGCUCUGUGUCCUCCCGAUCCAUGUGGCGGUGAAGCAUCAGCUUCCUCCCGCCUCCCGCUGCGUGCUGGUCUUUGAGCAGAUCAGACUUCUGAUGAAAAGCUACUCCUUUCUGAGAGAGGCAUUGCCUGGAACUCUUUGUGCCAGAGGAGAUACAAGCAUUUGUGUCCCCAGUUUCUCCAGCUACCUCUACUUCCUCUUCUGCCCCACACUCCUCUACAGAGAGACGUACCCCAGGACACCCAGCAUCAGGUGGAAUUAUGUGGCCAAGAACUUUGCCCAGGCCCUGGGCUGUGUGCUCUAUGCCUGCUUCAUCCUGGGCCGUCUCUGUGUCCCUAUCUUUGCCAAUAUGAGCCGGGAGCCCUUCAGCAUGCAUGCCCUGGUACUCUCAGUCAUGCAUGCCACAGGGCCAGGCAUCUUCAUGCUGUUCCUCAUUUUCUUCGCCUUCCUGCACUGCUGGCUCAACGCCUUCGCCGAGAUGCUGCGAUUUGGAGACAGGAUGUUCUAUCGGGACUGGUGGAACUCUACAUCCUUCUCCAACUACUACCGCACUUGGAAUGUGGUGGUCCAUGACUGGUUGUACAGCUAUGUGUAUCAGGAUGGGCUGUGGCUCCUGGGCAGCCGGGCCCGCAGAGCAGCGAUGUUGGGAGUGUUCCUGGUGUCUGCGGUAGUGCAUGAGUACAUCUUCUGCUUCGUCCUGGGGUUCUUCUACCCAGUCAUGCUGAUGCUCUUCCUUGUGGUUGGAGGGCUGCUGAACUUCACCAUGAAUGACCGACACACAGGCCCUGCCUGGAAUGUGCUGAUGUGGACCUUGCUCUUUCUGGGCCAGGGCAUCCAGGUCAGCCUAUACUGCCAGGAGUGGUACGCAUGGCGACACUGUCCCCUGCCCAAGACGACAUUCUGGGGGCUGGUGACACCUCGAUCUUGGUCCUGCCAUCCCUGAGAUCAAGGUGCCCACACUGUCCAGAGGACAGCAUCAAGCUCUUCACCUGCAAAGCCCCCGGCCAGAGUCCCUCACUGCACUCCCCUACCCCACUCUGAGCCAGGGGCCUGCACACAGCCUUGCCAGGGGGCCACAAAGACACAGGUGUGCACCCCUGGGGGCACCUGAGCACAGACUCUUGAGUACCCCCUCUGUGUUUUGGGCACGAGUUACCUUCUUACCCAUGGCUCUCAGACAUGGGAUACUGGGGGACCUUACAGAAUUGAUGAAUGUGGGGAGGCUCAGAAGGACCACGGCCACCAAAGUUCAGGAAGGGUUUGGUCUUGACUUUCUACUCCUCCCAAGAGAAGAAUAAAAUCUUGUCCCCUCAUUCAU